UAGCAGAGCAGGCGCAUGUGUUGUUGACAGGAAGUCCUCACGUCCUUCUUCUGUCCGGGGACAGCAGACUAACUCACUGCCACCCUCAGCACCACACGUCUCUGCAGUAAAGAUGGCAGACCAUGCGCCUUCUGUUGCCAUGGAGGCCGUCCUCAAGCCAAGUUGCGACCUCCCGGAGGACAUGCCGAAGAUCAGAGGCUACGACUUCAACCAGGGUGUAGAUCUGCAGGCUGUGCUGAAGUCCUACAUCACCACGGGCUUCCAGGCCAGCAGCUUGGGUUUGGCUAUCCAGGAGAUCAACCUCAUGAUAGAGAAGCGUCUGGAGCCGGUGGAGGAGGAUGAAGGGAAAGAGUGGAAAGAGUCGGAUGAACAACGCAAGUCGGGCUGCACCAUCUUCUUGGGUUACACCUCAAACCUCAUCAGCUCCGGAGUCAGAGAGAGCAUCCGCUACCUUGUGGAGCACAAAAUGGUGGACGUGAUUGUGAGCACAGCUGGAGGCAUCGAGGAGGAUCUAAUCAAGUGUCUGGCUCACACAUACUUGGGAGAGUUCAGUUUGUCUGGAAAGGAGCUCCGCCUGAGGGGCAUCAACAGAAUAGGGAAUCUGUUGGUGCCAAAUGACAACUACUGUAAGUUUGAAGACUGGGUGGUACCCAUCCUAGACCAGAUGUUGUUGGAGCAGAACACAGAGGGCACCCGUUGGACUCCCUCCAAAAUGAUCCAUCGGCUUGGCAAGGAGAUCAAUAAUACUGAUUCUGUCUACUACUGGGCCUACAAGAAUAACAUUCCAGUGUUCAGUCCUGCUCUGACGGACGGCUCUCUGGGUGACAUGCUCUACUUCCACUCCUUUAAGAACCCCGGCCUGGUCUUGGACAUAGUGGAAGAUAUUCGUAGGAUAAACAGCCAGGCGGUGUUUGCCAAAAGGACGGGGAUGAUCAUCCUGGGCGGAGGGCUGAUCAAACACCACAUAUGCAAUGCUAAUCUUAUGAGGAAUGGAGCUGACCAUGCGGUUUUUGUGAACACGGGUCAGGAGUUUGACGGCUCCGACUCUGGAGCCAGACCUGACGAGGCCAUAUCCUGGGGCAAGAUUAAAACAGAUGCCAAACCUGUGAAGGUGUAUGCGGAUGCCUCGUUAGUCUUCCCUCUGAUUGUGGCCCAGACCUUCGCUCUCCACGCCGACAAGCUGACUGCCGGCAAGAAAACCGAUUAAAAGGUUGCCCCCGGUUAAAUGCUCUGUUAGAGACAACCUGCUUUGUUCCUCUGGCUCUUCCCUUGUUGGACCGAUAGCAGAUAUAUAAGUUCGAUCUUCUAAACCUUUAUAUUUAAAAUACAUGAUUAAGAUUUAGCAACUUUGGGAAGCAGCGUUACGUCCAAUUCUGCAAUUGAAAACCUUUUUUUAAUGGGAGUCGGUGGUGAGGGUUUCCUGUUGUAAUGCUUUCCAUAAGGAUAUUUACUUUUCUCUCUAUUUAGAUGCUAUUGCAUGUACCAAAGAGACUGUAGAAUGCAUCGUGUUUUAGCCGAGUGUGUGUGAGUAUGAGAGAGAGAAUAGACACACACUCAUCAGGGGAUUUUAUUUAAAAGCUGUUUAUUUCAGACUAGCUGUGGCAUGGCAGACCAUCACAACACAUGUAUAUAACUUAUUACUUCUCAGUUUUAUCUUAUUGUCACAGGAUGGAAGACGUGUCUGUACAACAUAAUACAUCAUAAAUUAAUUAUUUCUUAUUAUUACAAACAGUCUUUGUGUAGGAGGUCUGUGUGAGAGAGCCACAAGGGGUUCAGCAUGUGACACUAAUGUUCACAUGACUGUGAUUGUGAUCUUUGUUGUAUAAAGGGACAUUAAAAAAAACGCACAAGAGCACACAAGACAUAAGUGAACAUCUAUAAUGAAAUAUUAUAUUUUGACUAUCAAAGUAAGUUUGAUACUCGGCUGCAUUUGGAGGAUACAAACUCUGAAACGUGUUGCUGUUGUUGACCUCUUUAUUAGGUACACUUGUUCAAUGAAUUGCAGUUACAAAAAAACAGCUCUGCCUUAUAUUCUACCUUUUACAAUAUUAUUUAAUGUUCAGUCUUUGGUGACCUUGGAAAAGCAUACAUUAAACAACAUGUUUAUUAGCUCAUGUUUAUUAAAGGUGGUGUUUUUAGUUACAUUUUAGGGUGCAGAAUAUUCGGAAUACCUCUGAAUUUAAUGCAGUCUGUGAGCUCAAUGCUAAACCAUAUAAUUUACACACAUUUAACAACUCUUUGACAACAAAACCAAAACAUUAAUGGCAUCAUAAAAGCAGACUUCAUGCCAGAACACAUAAAGUGGAGCGUGUAUUUAUCAAUUUUACAAGCCUUAAAAGUUACAACCUGUUUUCUUUGUAAAGGAGAGACUCAAACAUCCUUCUGUAAACUCUGUUUCAGCCUCCAACCUUUUUAAAAUGUCUCCUCUCAAUAAACAAAAGAACAGAACUCUGUUGCUCGAGCAAAAGUUUGACAAAGUGGGAUGAAAAACAAAGCUGUAAGCAUCUCAUUCACAUGUUAAGAUGGUGGCAGAGUUGCUCACCCACACAACCACAUGGAGGCGAAUGCUGCUUCAGUGAUGUCUGGUGAGACCCCCCCCUCCCCAGGGGGCUUGUAAGAGCAUCAACACUGCUGCAUGUGCGGUUAUUGCUCUCUCAGUAGACGGGACUCUCAGCUCCUGCUCUAUCUGCUUUCUUCAGCAGAAUCUAAAUGCAUAAUGUAGUAUAAUGGUGACGCCAUUUCCCCUCACAAUACAUCAGGCUGCUAUUGUGGGAGUGGAUGUUUCCUCUGGCUAAUCACUGCUCCCAUAUCCUUUACACACUGUUACAUUUUCAACCCAGUUAUAUUUGGAAUGGAAAUGUGGGUAGCUUUUGUGUGAAAUGUGUUUAUAAUAUAUUCACGUUUCUCAUAAAGUUGUUUAAAGUGUCCUUUUUUUAUUUAAUGUUUUUGUGGGAAUGGUGACCUUUUCUCCUUUGGAAACAGAGAAGUGGAAUUGGAACUGGGAUAAGGUCAACCUUCCCAAAACCAC